AACCAUUGCAAAAAUCUCUCUAUUUGCAAAAAAAUUCGCAACCAUCCCCCAUAAUGGCACAUCGCAUAAACGCUCCCGAUCCGCCCUCCCCCACUACGAAACCCAAACGCGUCUAUCAUAUCGACAUUUUAGCCACAUUUUUCGGAAUAGGGACAUGGCUUACGAUUAAUGGAUUAUUCGUCCAGUUGCCCCUGCUCGCGUUGGCCCUUCCGGAGGGGUGGAAUAUCGGGUCGUAUCUCUCCGUCAUGGUCCAGCUGGCGAAUGUGGGGCCACUCUCGUACAUUUUUCUCAACUCGAUGGCCCCCAACAUUGUGACGGAGAAGAGGGCAAUCUACGUCGUGAUGCUGAUUGGUCUCGUCACCACGGUUUUGUUGGCCAAUUUGUGGGAGGAGACGACCCCCGUGGGAGGGGUGGAACGAUCGACGGCCUUGUUAAUUCUCGUCACCUGUCUCGCCCUGGUCGACUGUUCCAGCCGCGUCCUCUACCUCCCUUUCAUGUCAAAAUUUCAAGAAAUAUAUCUCACUUCGUACUUCCUCGGCGAAGGGCUCAGCGGUCUCGUCCCUUCGGCCGUCGCACUCAUCCAAGGCGUCGGAGGAGACUCCGCCUGUCAAAACCGAACCGACGGACAACCCGGCCUUGAACCCGCUCAAACCCAUCCCCGUUUUUCCGUCGACGUCUUUUUCUACAUCCUCUUCACCCUCGUGUUAGGCAGUCUGGUAGCCUUUGUCCUCAUGAACAAAAAGGAAGUCACAAAAAACGCACGAAAAGUCUCAAAAUCCGUGCUCGAAGAAGAGUUCGAUAUCGAAGCACCCCCAGAGAAUCUCAAAAUGCCUCAACCCUACGAUCACCCCUCGCAUGAAUCUAAACGCCUCUCCAUGAUCGAAAUCAUGUCCCGUGGGUCGCGGGGGUCAGUUGAGACGUGCAAAAGUACUCAUGAAAAAUCCAUCCCGUUACCAACGCUGUCCGAAACGCAGGAGGAAAAAGAAGAAGCCCCACCCACCGGUUGCACCCCGCUUUCAGUCCUGCUUCGCCAGCCGAAAACGAGCUUCCUCUACUUGCUCAUGCUCCAGGGCUACAUCUGUUUCUGGGAAUUUGGUGCCUUCCCCUCCAUCCAAUCCUUUUCGGGAACGCCGUACGGGAACGUGCCGUACCACUUGGCCGUCGCCUUGUCGAACAUGAUCAAUCCUGUGGUCUGCGUCGUGGCGCUGUUCGUGCCGGUGUGGAGCUUCAAGUUGGCGUUGGGCGCGGCCGGGGCGUCGGUCUUUUUUACGGGGUGGAUCUGCUAUUUGGCGUUGGAAAGUCCAAGUCCACCCCUCGUGGGGAGUAUGGCAGGGGAAGUUAUGAUUAUUGCAGUUUGGAUCAUCGUAAUCGCCCUUUUCACCUACGUCCGCCUCUCCGUGGCGACGUUACUGUUCGAAUCUAACGGAAAAAGUGGGCUGCUCUGGUGUGGCGCCGUGACGCAGGGUGGAUCUCUCAUCGGGGCCAUAAUUUCAUUCGCCUUGAUCAAUAAUUCGCCCAUAUUUCGCCCAUUCUUGCCUUGUGGAGAGUAAUAAGAGUUAGCAUUAUCUCAAUAUACCCCACCUGUAAAAAAGUAAUCGUAAUUACAUAUGUACAUAUAUUUAUUUGCAAAUUACGUAUUUAUAUACCUUAAUGUAUCAUAAUUCAUGCCAUAUUUUUAUGCAACCUUUUUGAUAACAAUAAAAACCGAAAAACAAAUCUGACGUCAAUGUCACAAGUUAAA